AUGUUUGCCGAGAUUGCUUCUACGGAGCCACCUGGCGAUGCUCCGCUUAACAAUCUCAUCGGAAGCAGCGGCCCUGGACACUUCCUCCUGCUCGAUGGGCCUGGUGUGGCCAACUUCCUUGCGACCUACAACGUCGUUUUGAAGCCGACUGGCCUCACCGAUGACGUGACACCUCAGGGUCGAGGCGUCGCGGACGGAKCUUCUCGGGACCUGGCAACUUGGAAGAUGUUCGACUGUCCAUGGUCCGAGAAUUGCCCAAUAAAGUUCACCAAUCUGUCAAAGUUCCGCGCCGGUCAUGUCCAUACUACUGCCGAGUAUUCGGUUCAAGCAAGACCCCAUACUCGGCCGUCGACCGAGAUCUUCAAAGACUUCGCCUCGCUGUCCGACGACAUCCCUCGAUAUGCUGCAAUCCCCGACGACAGAGACUGGGCGGAUAUUGGUAACCUUGGCCGGGUUCCUCCUUUGAUCGACAUCGAUGUUUCUGGACUCGCACCUGGUCCUGGAAUCCGUGUCGUUGAUCUUUCGGAGCCAGCGUGGCAGAGCAUCUUUGGGUAUGCCGCUCUCAGAACGAUUCCCACAGCAGUAUUGCAACGAAAUGCCGCGAGAGAUGUACCCUUAGCAUAUUUAUGGCCAGAGCUGUCGACAUGA